AUGCGUUUCCUUACCUCCCUUCUGGGGGCUUUGGCCCUGUUAUCCCGUAUAUCCUUUGCCCAGGACGAUUCGAGCUCUACCUCGAGCCCUACCUCUACCCCAAGCUCCAGCGCCAGUUCGACUUCCACCCCCACUGCUACUUCGAGCGAAGUCCCGUCCUCUACUGCGUCUCUCCCUGAUGCUGCAUCCUCUCAUGGAGCAGGGCGCUGGGGAGCGGUAAUCAGCAGACAGCUCUCCGCCAACGCUCGUGGAGGAAGAACCGCCUUCGUCCCAGCCGACGAUUCGUUCCCAGCACGUCUUGCCCGACAGACAGAAGACGAGAUACAGCAGUAUCUUUACCAAGUCUCCGAUCAGCUCUUCACUGCUGCCGACCUUCGCAAUUCCACUGGAAGCGUCAUUGAGAGUCUGAACGCCAACGCCAACCUGGGUGGUCGUGGACAAGCUGUUAUUUCCCCUGGACAGCGCGGGGACUCUUAUGACGAGAGUUCGUCCAUUGGUCUUUUCAGUGGCCUGGGGAAUAAUGUCACUAUUGUGGAAGAGGAUAUCCCCUUUGACGGUGGGAUUAUACAUAUCAUCAGCGGUCCUUUCACUCCACCGAGCCCCUUGUCUGAUACCCUACGCUCGUCACCCCAGGCAAGCAACUUCUCGUCGUACAUUUCGUCGCAUGUAGCUUCGCUGGGCUCCACAUCCUCUAUUACCGUCUUCGUACCGACCAACGAUGCUCUCUCCUCGUCUCUGGGAUCGAACGUCACGGUCUCUGAGUCCGAAGCUACGGCCCUGGCUGACUCACAUGUUAUCAGUGGAUCGGUGGCCUACUCUCCCCGUCUCGUUGACGGUGCGAGCUUCCAGUCUACCAACGGACGGGAUAUCGCGGUGACCGUUGAUGAGAGCGGGGCCAUCGUCCUGAACAAUGGUAUCAGGAUAGUGCAAUCAGACAUCAUAAUUGAGAACGGUGUGGUUCAUUUGAUUGACAAGCCGCUUUACACACCUGGGGAUGGCACUAUAUUCACCGGAGGUGCAGACUCCGUUUCCCGGCCGUCUCGAAUGAUGAUGAUGAUUGGUGUUGUUGCUGCUGUUGUGGGAGGUACAGCAUAUUUCUAG